AUGGUGUCACCGCGGCACGCAGCGUCGCUGUUAUUGCGAAACACAGCCCGCUCAACCACUAAGCCAACUUUCCAGCGAAGAACCCUCCUCGCUGGCCUACGAAUCAUCGAAUCGCCCUUGAAACCGACCUUAACCUCACCUUCAAGCUCAGCGCCGCUCACCAAACCUAGUCACAAACGAACCCUGCACACCUCGAAUCGAGCGCUCUCCCCCUCCUCAUCAUCAUCCCUAACGCCAACGCCAGAAGCAAACGAAACAGAGCAUGCCGUAAUCUCAACCUUCGACCUAUUCUCCGUCGGCAUUGGCCCUUCCUCCUCUCAUACAGUCGGCCCUAUGCGAGCCGGUGUCAUCUUCGUCUCCGAGCUAGCCGACAUGAACCUCCUCCACCGAGUCCACACGAUCAAAAUCAACCUCUACGGAUCCCUAGCCCUAACCGGAGCAGGGCACAUGACUCCCCAAGCCCUACUGGGUGGGUUGGAGGGUGAUGAUUGUGAGACGGUCGAUCCGCCGAGUGUUCCGGUAAGGUUUGAGGAAAUUAAGAAAGAGCGGAGGUUGCAUUUGGCGAAGAACUUGCAUAAAACCCUAGGGGGCAAGGGAACGGGCAAAGGAGAGGGGGCGAAGGGGGGAAAGGUGGUCGACUUUGAUUAUGAGAGGGAUCUAAAAUGGAUGUUUGGACAAGUGUUACCGCAUCAUAGUAAUGGAAUUAGGAUGAGUGUUUUCGAUCAAGACGGGGAGAUGUUGGCUACGAAUGAUUAUUAUUCUGUGGGUGGGGGGUUUGUUGUUAAUGGUGCGCUGGCAACACCUAACUCUUCAUCCGCAUCGACACCAGCCACUACCCCCAACACCGAGUCACUAGAACCAGAUGCAACACCGGCUCCACUACACGACGAACCACCAUUGACCGCACACCCAAUAGACUGGGGCGAAAACGUAUUCUACAAACAAAUUCGACGUUCAGAUGCUUCCGACGGUCGACGUUCUGGCUCCAUCCCCACCGUUGCUAAUCUCCUUCCCCAGGUUGAAGCACCUCAGUCGCCGUCCUCCCUACCUUCACCAUCAGACAACACUCACUCACCAGAGAAAUUGACUUCGCGACCAAGCACCGGCCCUCCAUUCCCAUUCCACAACGCAGCAUCACUUCUCCGCCAAUGUAAAACGCACAACCUUACCAUCGCCCAAGUUGUCUACGAGAACGAACUCACUUGGAACUCUCCCGAAGCUGUCCAUGCGAAGUUGGUUAAGAUUUGGACUACUAUGGACGAGUGUAUUCGUGCCGGAGUCGAGUCUGGGGAGGAGAAAUUGCCAGGGCCGUUGGGUGUGAAGAGACGUGCGCCGAAACUCUAUUCGAGGUUGUUGAGGGGGUUGUAUCGUGGCGCUUCGCUUCCUUCGCCUGGAGCUGUGGGUGGUGGCGGCGGCGCUUGGGGUGCCGGAAGGGACGGCCCAGGUAUAGAAGGCGGUGUCGGAGGAGCCUCGAGUAUGGACUUGGUAGGACAGUUAGGAUCAAUGCCGCCUAGGGUGAUUGGAAACUUCAACCACCCUCUCCCACCCUCCCCCCCACGUCGCACUAAUUUCCCGGCAAUUGACUAUCUUACAUGCUACGCAAUCGCAACCAACGAACAGAACGCUUCGGGUGGUCGCAUAGUUACCGCCCCGACCAACGGUGCAGCUGGCGUCCUCCCCUCCGUUCUCAAAUACUGUUUUGAAUUCCUCUUUGACGAUGCACCACUCCGCGAUCUCCAGAACUUCCUCCUCACAGCCUCUGCUAUCGGAAUGCUAUUCAAACGUGGAGCAACCCUUUCUGCCGCUGAGGGUGGGUGUAUGGCCGAAGUUGGCGUCGCAACCGCCAUGGCCGCAGCGGGUUUUGUAGCAGUGUUGGGAGGCAGUGUCGAAAAGAUUUUGCAGGCUAGUGUGAUUGGAAUAGAGCAUAAUCUGGGGUUGACAUGCGAUCCACUGAAUGGACAGGUUCAGAUUCCAUGUAUUGAAAGGAAUGCAUUGGGAGCGGUGAAAGCGGUUACGGCGGCUCAGUUGGCGCUGGCAGGCGAUGGAACUCAUAGUGUCAAGUUGGAUGAUGCAAUUACAGCUAUGAGAGAGACGGCCAGAGAUAUGCAUACGAGUUAUAAGGAGACGAGUUUGGGGGGACUGGCAACGGCGGUUAGGGUGCCCGUUGCCGUGCCUGACUGCUGA